UCGUCAGUCAAAAGAAUGACUAUGAAUCUGGGCGAUCACAAUUUGGAAGUGGCAACAAAGGAGGAGGGUCAAAUAGUAAUAUGGGAGGAAUUGUGUGUCACUAUUGCCAUAAGCCAGGACACAUGAAGCGUGAUUGUAGAAAGCUUCAGAACAGAAAUAAAAGAAAUCCCUCUGCCCAUGUUGCAUCCACUAAUAAUACUUCGGAUCAGUCAGUUCCUAUCUCUGCAGAUGAAUUUGCCAAGUUUUCAUUGUACCAGGAAUCAUUAAAAGCUUCACCUACUCCUGUCACAGCUAUGGCUGACUCAGGUAAGCCAAAUACAUGUCUCCUUUCCUCAUCCUCCAAAUUCGUCAUUGACUCUGGUGCAACAGAUCACAUGUCAGGAUCUUACGACGAAGAAGAUUAUUGGUAAAGGACAUGAAUCUGGAGGUUUAUACAUUCUCGACAGACCAAAAUCUACACCUGUCGCUUGUUCUAGUGUUGCAUCCCCGUUUCAAGCACAUUGUCGUUUGGGCCAUCCAUCUCUUCCUUCAUUGAAGAGAUUGUGUCCUCAGUUUAAUAAAGUGUCUACAUUAGAGUGUGAGUCAUGUCAGUUUGCUAAACAUCAUCGUGUCAGUUUUAGUCCUAGAGUCAAUAAAAGAGCUAAUUCUCCCUUUGAGUUAGUUCACUCUGAUGUUUGGGGUCCUUGUCCAGUUCUGUCUAAAACUGGUUUUAGAUAUUUUGUUACAUUUGUGGACGAUUACUCUCGUAUGACUUGGUUAUUCUUAAUGAAAAA